AUGACCAUAGAAGAUGUAAAAAGGCUGAAGCCGUACUGGAAUGUGCAAAUAGCUAAUUUUAAGGAAAAGUUGGAAUUUUCCACAAAGGCAGUUAUAAAAGGGGCUCCUCAUAAAAUAUAUCCGAUCAUCCCGAGCGAACCCGUUUUCACCUUAUUGCAAAUGGCAAUCCUUCUGAACAAGAAGACCAUCGUUGGGUACUUGCUGGCUAGGCGCGGGUUGGAUAUUAAUGCCCUCAGUAGGAACAACCAGACCGCUCUGAUGAUUGCUUGUGAGAAGAGGGUGCCACUGGACUGGAUUGAGGCGAUAUUAAAAAAGGGCGGAGAUCUUGGAAUAAAUAUAAUAGACAAUUUUGACGAAACCGCCCUGGACAAAUGUGGCUAUAACUCGAAAGCAUAUCAAUUGCUUCUGAAGUAUGGAGCCAUCGAAAAUGUAAAUCAUUUAAGAGAAAAACAUGAAAUGUGUGUUUACCAAAGAUAA